AUGACUCGCGAUACAUUUGCCAUCAAGGUUGAGAACUUUCCCGAAAAUGUCAAGUUGAAGGACGUCGAAUCCAUGUUUACUAGCACCGUUGGUCCGGUCCAGCGUGCAGAGAUUCAUCGUGAUGGAACGAACACGCCGUACUGCGUGCUAUGUUUUCUCACACACGAUGCCUUUAAGCAAGACUUGAAAGCUCUACGUAUGUCUGGUUACAGCAUCGGUGGAUCCUCCAUCAUUGUGACACCCGCCAACAAUAACAAAAUGUCGUCCCCAAACGCUGGCAAAAAUUCAGAUGCGCGUCGAAAUCUCUACGUCCUCGGUCUGCCUUUUGAUCUCACUAAGGCUGAAUUUUCCGCUUUGUUUUCGCGUUUUGGCACUGUCAUGCACGCUGUGAUUCUCGCUACUGUCGACAACGCAUCUCGCCGUCGCGGCUUCGUGGUAAUGUCAUGUCAUGAAGAAGCCAAACGUGCAAUGAAUGCGCUCUCGCGAACGCAAAUGAAAGGACACACUCUUGAUGUAUCUUGGGCCGUCGUGCAACGCUCUCAAGGCUUCCUAGAUGGCGCAGACAGAACGAUGAUGCUGGCAUCCUCGAACCCUUCGUCACUCCCCGAAAUGGAGCUCGAUCAUCAACCCGCACCGCCGACCACCAGUUCGCCCCACUACGCUACCAAACAAUGGAAUAUCUCAUUGGCACCCUCCUCGAAGUUGCUGGUAUCAAAGUUGCCGACUCUUCUCUUUGCUCAGGCCAGUGACUUGCAUCCUCUGUUUUAUCCUUUCGGUCCCAUCAAGGAAGUGAAGCUGAUGGAUUCUGCUACCCUCGGCAAUGGAACCACGAGUGCUCUGGUCGAAUAUGUGAACAUCUUCAAUGCUCAGGAAGCCAAAGACGCACUUCAACGGCAGUUCUAUGGGAGUUCACGCCUGGAAGUCCAUUUCAUCCAAGACAAUAUCCAUCCCGUUGAUUCGUCUGCUGCUGCGUAUGCCCAGUCUCCCAUGCUACCGAAAACAUCUGAUGCCGGACUUAAUCCCUUUGCUGCUCCUUUUGUCUUUGGCUCUCGCCGCUUCCCACCCUUGGCUUCCGGUCUUAGCUGUGUUGCGCACGAUUCGUUUGUCGACGACUUCUACUCCCCACCUGGUCUUCCCAGCGAUACCUUUCAUAUUGCCUCAUUCGCGCCGCACCCUGUUACAUAUCAUCUCAAGGCCCAUGUUGCUGAUACGAUUUCCAGAUCCAGCUCCGCAACCAGCUCGAGGUAG